CGUCGACCUUCUAAAAAAUUUUCGAUGGUACCGGACUUAAAUGUGGACAAUGAGGCAUGGAUACUUGUCUUAUAUACCGGUGGAACGAUUGGAAUGAAGAGUAAUAAAGGCAUUUACUGUCCUGAGCAACAUUAUUUGCCGCGAGCAAUUCGAGAAUUACCACCAUUAAAUGAUGAAAAAUAUAUCGAAAAGAAUUACAAUUACAGUUCACUGAAGCCUUUCUGUCUUCCACCAGUUAGAAACACUCUAAAACGAAUUGUUUACUGGGUGGUGGAAUAUGAACCACUCUUGGAUUCAUCAGAUAUGACGUUUGAUGACUGGAUUCGCAUCGGUGUUGACAUACAAAAGGCAUAUAAGUCAUACGACGGUUUUGUGGUAUUGCAUGGAACAGACACACUUGCAUAUACAGCUUCGGCGUUAUCUUUUAUGCUUGAGAAUUUGACAAAACCAGUGAUUUUAACUGGUUCGCAGAUACCAGUUUGUGAGGUUCGUUCUGAUGGUCGCGAAAAUUUGAUUGGCGCCUUAAUCAUGGCUGCCAAUUAUGAUAUACCUGAAGUAACUAUAUUCUUUAACAAUAAGCUCUACCGCGGCAAUCGAUCUGUCAAACUUGAUAAUAGUGGGCUUGAAGCUUUUGAUAGUCCAAAUAUGUUACCAAUUGCGCAUAUGGAGAUCAAUAUUAAAGUGAACUAUGAAUCCAUAUUUCGUUCUCAAAGUUCUCAGCCAUUUUCAGUUUGUACAACUUUAUGUAGAAAUGUUGGACUACUUCGGAUAUUUCCAUCUAUUUCGAUUGAAUUGGUCAAAACUUUCCUGCAACCUCCAAUGGAAGGUGUUAUACUGCAAACAUAUGGUGCAGGCAAUAUGCCGUCACGAAGAACUGAUAUUAUUGAAAUAAUCAAAGAAGCCCAUGAACGAGGAUGUAUAAUCGUGAAUUGUUCGCAGUGCUUACGAGGAAGAGUUGACGUGCAUUAUGUGACAGGAAAAAUUUUAUACGAUGUUGGAGUGAUUUCUGGAUCAGAUAUGACAGUUGAAUCGGCUAUAACCAAAUUAUCUUAUGUGUUGGCGAAGGAUGAAUGGGAUUUACAGACUAAAAGAAAGAUGAUGCAGCGAAACAUUCGUGGAGAGCUAACGAUUACAAAUUACGACACGUUACAGGACUUAGAAAUCAUUCCACAAUUAGCGAAAUUCUUGCACAUUCACUCAACAGAAGAAGUUCAACUUUUACGCAAUGCGCUCUUUCCGCCACUUCUUUGUUACGCAGCACAAAAUAAUGAUCUCGAUUUACUUGACAAUCUUCGGCAGAGUGGCGCUCAAUUCUCACAGCCGGAUUAUAAUGGUCGAACUGCUUUACAUAUAGCUGCAGGCGCAGGACGUACACAAACCGUCAGAUAUCUUUUAGAUCAUGCAGCGAAUGUGAAUUUCAAGGACCAAUGGGGAGAAAAUGCAUUAAUGCAUGCAGUUCGAAGUAGAAAUACAGAAUGCAUACAAGUACUUCGAGAUGCUGGAGCAGUUUUCGGAUGCGAUCCAAUAGACAUAGGUUGGACAAAAAUUCGAAAUAAGAAGAAAUUUGCAAUGACAAUUCCCGCUCAACUUGGAAAUUUAAUCCAGUUGAAUCGGCUCGUUCAGUUUUUCUGUUUUGAACACUUAGUUUCCUGUCCUUAA